AGGAUAGAAGAGUUCUUCCAACAGCGACUUCAGUGCGAGAAUGAACGCCAAUAGAACAGGUUCGAGAGAAGCUUAGCGAGGAGUGCUUCAAUACUUCUGCGCUGAAGAACAUCUGUCACAAGUUUUACAACAGUUUAUACGUAUCAUUAAGUUUCAAUCGCGUACAUCUCUUCAAAAAUAUGUUUGCGGAAGCAAGGUGACUGUGGUUUUCAAACAAAAGAAGAGUUAAGACCGCUUUACAAUCAUAACUGAAUUCAACAUGAGUUUUAAAGUAGUUUAAAUGUUAAUCGUAAACACUUCUAACGCGACAGUGCGAAACUGCGAUGUAAAUACACCGAAAUUUCAUGCUGAAUGAAAGUUAAAUAGUUCUGAAGUGUCUGUUUAAUAGUUUUAGUGGCAGAGAUCGUGAAAUAACUAACAUUCACAUUUGUAGUAAAAUUUUACGGAACGCUAUUAACAAAAUUUAUUACGGAAAGUGAAUUGCAGAAAGUGAGGAUAUCUAUACCCAGUAAUCAUCGUGUCGCCAUUUGCAAAAUAAAUUAUGAAUAUAAAAAGUUGAAAUGAUGCGAUGAAAAGACGGAAAAAAACAUUUUUCUCGCUCGUAAACAUUCAAAAAUAUUUCAUUUGAGGAUUUUAAUUACUUUGGAUAACUCAGCAAUGAAACGAAGACACACAUGUAGGCGAAUGUGUUUCGUCAUUCACAUGCAGUGUCCUUUCCUUGCUAAUGUUGUGAAGUGUGGUGAGUGAAGAAGUGACCCUAACUUCUAAGAUGGCGUCCAGUGUUGUGACGGAUGUGAUUGGUUACGAGCUCUACCGCUGGACGUUAAUGAAGGCGCUAGUGGGCCUGUUGCUUCUUCUGAUGUGUGUUGCAGGGUCGCACAGCUCGCCGCAAGAUAGCAGUGUCAGUCACGGGGAUGAAAUUGAUGCAACAUCAGUGUCACUGGAACUGGGAAGAAAGUCAGCGGUUGCUGAUGAAGUCAUAAUGAGUGGAGAAACGAUAGCAACACACACACAAACUGUAAACGAAUCGUUGAAUCUCAAUAAGGAAUUUACGACACCUGAGUUAGUCCAGUCUUCUUCUUUUCCUGUAGAUUUUACAGAAAAUAAAACGGCGAAAGACAAGGUUGAAAAUGACGGCACAGAUUUAUCGUCGUCAACACAACGACUAGCGAGAUCGAUAGACUCUAAAAUAUCGACAUCUCAGAUAUUAGACAACUCGGCAUCGACGUCCAACAAAAAGGAAUCUUCAUUGGAAUCAUCCGACAAGAACACUGAUCAUUCCUAUGCAAACGAAGUGGAUGCCAGCGUCGGUGCGAAAGCAGGGGAAUACUACAGACAUAUUCAGCCAACGAAGACCAUAUCAGUCCAACAGAAUAACAGAGCUGAGAUAAUUAGGACAACUUCGCUCGAUGGGAGAGUAUUUGAGGGACAGACACAUUCGGGGGAAGAAUAUGGGGCUCCGCGGGGGAGAUCGCUCCCCUUGUCGGGGCCCGAAACUCCGACAGUUUUUGCAGACGGAAGGAAGAGAAUGAAUGUAUCUCACAUGACGGAGGGAUCGAUGAAGACGGGGGCUGAGACACCGGGAUUACCGCCCGCCUCGUUCCGGAGCAAUUACGGCGAACGCAAGACGAAUCCGGACAUACAAGACAUCAUCACAGGCAUAGUGAAGCUCCUGAAUGGAAAUGUGAAGGUACAGGCUAACCCUAACUUGCCACCAGGUGCCAGCAGAACGAGGAUCAACAACCGCGGUCCGCCCAGAAUAACAGACGUGCCUCCACUUCCACCAGAUUUCGAUACGUCAGGUCCCCAUCCAGCACUCAGUCAUCGCCCACCUCUGCUACUGCCUCUGCAAACUUCUUCCCGUCUUCCACCGCCAUAUCCUUUUGAUCUUCCACCGGCAAUCGUCCCACUUCCGCCCCAACCGUCAGAACAUCACAGCCAUCCCGAUCACCCGUUCAUGACUGGAGUUCCUCUCCCAGAGCAGGUUGUUCCGGCGCCAAACUCAAACGGCAACAGACCUCCAGCGAACCAGGGCAUUGUUAGACCUCACAGACCGAGACCCCCGCGCCCCAGACCUUCAACAAAACCGAAUAUGAAUAACAGAAGACCUCAACCGAUACCACUGCCAGAUAUGGACCAACUGUUGCCAGCGUAUACACCGGGGGCAAACAAAAACAAACAGCCCGAAGAAGGUCACGAUAUUUCUAUAACAGUGACGGAAGAUAAGGACAGUAAGGAACACCAAUACACAACUCCCCAGGUCCCAGAGGAAGAAAUCGUCACGACGACGACAGCCUCAAAAUCACAACCAUCUCCAGUCGACGUACCAUCAAAUAUGAACGAGGAGGAUCAGGUGUCUAUCACAACAGAAGAGACAAGAGACGAAUCCGAGGAAGACCAAGCUAACCAUACCAGCGACAUAGAAAAACCAGAAUUUAACAGUUCAACAGAAGAACCGAAAAUAAUAGCAACUCUGACGUCAUCUUCAUCCACAGUAAAUGAAGCAACACAAGAUGGCUUCCCUUCACCACCUGAGUCAACGAAGAAGGAAGACACAGUCACGUUAGGCGGUCCAUCAUCCGGAGUACCAAUUCUUGAGCCAUCAGUAGGAGUGGGGGUUGCGACCCCGGUGUUAGAGUCAUCCAUGCAGGAGAUUCUGAUGCACGACUCGACAGCGUCGAUUGAAUGGGGGGGAGGCUCUCGGGUUGCUGGCACCGCAACGGCAACGCCGACUUCAGCUCUGCCGUCAAGCAAGUCGUCACUUCGUGAGGAGACAGUGUCAGGCAUUAGCCAUGCCCAGGACAAACUGAAACAGACUGCAGGUGGGUUUCCCUACUACCCUUAUCGUUCUCGGACAGGAAUUGUCCUAGACGACACAGAAUACAAACCAAUGGGUGUGUUGCACCGCCCCAUCAUCACAGCACCGCCUGCAGCGACAGGUCAUGUGGGCGAUAUAUUCGACAUCACCGUGACAGCUGUUCAGGGACCCGGAGGUGCGAACACCGGUCAGCCUUUCAUCUAUCCGGUGGAGAUUGAUGGGGUACAACUACCAGGUUCUGCAGGCAGUGACGUGUCAGUCAUUACUAAGGCAGAGGAGGGCCAGCAUUUCGUGUCAAUCGACGGGAAACGAACCUACAUUAAUCUGUUCGGCAGUAGCACAGAGCAAGAAGGUGUCGCCCCCACCAAGAUACAACAGGGAGGACACACUCCACCACCACAGGAAUCUGCAUCUACAAUUGGAACAGGGUUUGCAGUUCUGGAAACAGAAGAGCCUGCAUCCCACCAUGGAGCUGAUCAACAGCCCCCACGCAGGCCUUACAACAAACGACCGUCCCAUCCUCCAGUCAGGAUAGACAUGUGCACUGUUGGGGACGACUCCACUUGCGAUUCGGCACAGAACGAAAUGUGUCGGACAGAGCUGGGCGUCUCUUCGUGUCACUGCAGACCUGGGUACAGCCGCCGGAAGCACAGAGAGCCUUGCAGAAGAGUGGUAUCCAUACUGAUGUCACUACGAGUGGACCGUCUCUAUGACAGGAGGGUUGUGUGGGAUGGAAAACUACAGAACCCAGAAUCAGAAGAAUACAAGACACUGGAAUGGGAGUCUAGUCGAGCAAUUGAUUCUGCGAUGCAAAUGACACCGUUUUCGGAUGACUUCAUGGGUGUGCGUGUCAAUGGCCUGUACACUGUACCAGGAGGGGCAGACAUUGGUGGUGCCAAACGUGGAGCAGUUUUUGUUAACCUGACAUUGCAGUUAGAGGAGACUGUGGAGACUCUUAGGCCAGCUGUACGACAUGACAUACAGCGCCAUUUGCUGGGAGUUAUCCACAGGAGAAACAAUAAUGUGGGUCACAGUGCGCUGUGGGUCGAUAGUCCACCUGGCUCCAUAUCACACCUGCAAGAUGUGGAUGAGUGUAGUAGUCGAGAACUCCACGACUGCCACCACCAAGCCCACUGCAGCAAUGUGUUCGGUUCAUUUCGCUGCUCUUGUCCUGAGGGCUAUCGGGACCCAUGGGCUGGGAAUCCUCAUCGCAGUGGUCGUCAAUGUGAGACAUGCUCGCCUGAGCACUGCAACAGUCGCGGGGAAUGUCGUUAUGAAGCAGGACUGCCAGUCUGCCAUUGCUCCGGUAACUUCUACGGCUCACAGUGUGAAGUGGAUGGUGAAGUUCUUGGUGUGGCAGUGGGUGCUUCUGUAGCAGCAGUGAUCAUUAUUGUAUUAACAUUAGUAUGCCUCUGUAUGUGGAGCCGUCGAUGGAGUAGGGAACAGAAGACUACGGUGAAGACUCCAACUGUUGGAUCACCACCCUAUCAAGUUUCUCUAGAAGAUAGACUGCGGUGGGCUCAGAUUGCAGAUGUAAUAGUACAAGCCAACCAUUAUGCUCAGCCUGAACCUGUACCAGGGCCCACUAGACCUUCAUCGGCCAUGUUUGGCUAUCCGAGUCUCACAAUGAGCGGUACUCUACCCCAUGGAGCACCACCAGUGCCACUUCCCCGUCUGGGACUUACCAACAUGAGUCACGCCGGAGCCAUGAGUAUCCAUGGAGGACCAACACUCAGCACACUUGGGGCCCUCAGCAAUCAUGGGGCCCUAAGUUCCUACGGAAUGAGAACUCCGGAUAGAACUGUAGAGUCCACAAGUAGUGAGGAAGAAGAUAGAGCAGAUCUGCUGGGAAGGAACUUCCAUGUACCACGACCAAAAAGUAGAUCUUCUGUUGCAAAUCAGAGUGGCAUUUACUAUGACGUAGACUUUGAGCAAGAUAUAUCGAGUGGAACCUUGAAGAGUCAGCAGGCUGCUAUUCCAAUGAGUACAUACACAAUGUCCAGUAGAACCCCAUACUAUCGGCCAUGAUUCACACAGAAUUCAGUUUUACACCAGUCUUCAAACAGACCUAAUGAAACGACAGUAAAUGUUUACUGGAGAGUGUAGGAUAAUAAUAUUACCUUUAUAAAUGAAUCCCUAAGAGUUUUUGACUAGCUGAUUCAUUACACCACUAUUACUUUGGACAUGUCCCCUGUUUUUGCUCCACUAAAUAUACAGAAAAAUGUUUUAGGAGUUGACUGUACUCCCAUCUUCAGGUGAUACGUUGUUGUUAUACUGACUGACUGUAUAUUUAAAGAUGAAUGAUGGUUACAACUGAACGUGAAGCCUGUCGAAUACGAGUAUGGUGGCCUGUGCUCAGUGUUCCUGGGUUUGAAUGCAACCACUGCUACCAAACUCUUAAACAAAAUAUAAUAAAACAUGUGUCAAUAUAUUGUAAUCCAGUCACCUGAAGAUAGAAGUAGAGCCAAUUCCUAAAAUGCCAUAUAUACCCAAAACAGUGGAAAGUAUCCAAAAUAAUAUUGGUAUACAGCUUUAAGCUUUACAAUCAUAACCCAAGACUCAUGAGACUACACACUGACAACAGUGGUAAAGUACUUGUGCAUUGGAGAGCCACUUCAUGCAAGUGCAUACCACAAGCUUUGCAGUAAAACCUGAUUUUGAACCCUUAAAUAUCAAAUUAAAUUAAUUACAUUAAUAGUUCUAAGUCAGGGCCUUAUUUUCUUUUUGGCAGAACACUUAUGUAACUCUAUAGUUGUUUCUGAUAUAUCCUUUCUGUGUUUGUAUGGUAUAGAUGAGAUUCUUGAAACGGUAAGAGUAUAUUGUAUACAAUCUACUGGAUUUCUGUUAUACUUUGUGAAUAAUUUCUCAAAUGUAAUAAAUGAAAAUAUUCACUUUA